AUGGAGUCCGUAAAAGAGGUGCAUAGAAAAUUACUAUCGAAACUUUUAGAUUUUAUUAAACUUAACUCAUGGAGGUUAUUUAUUGGACAAAUCACAGAAGCUCCGUAUCCAAAAGGCAAUGUGGUCGAAGAUUUUAACAUUCUUGAGGCUAAGGGGUAUUUGUCACCUGGUAAAUAUGAUGUACUUCUAAAAUAUUUCGUUGACUGUGAUCAAAGAGCGAUUGAAUACAUCGAAGAAGCUCAGAAAACCAUUAAAGAAUUGAGAGAACCUUUGAAAAAAGUCAACAGUUCAGAGCCAUUAACAAGCAAAAUUAUAGGCCGUAAUGAAUGGGGAGCAACACAACCAGGGGGAAAGGUAGAUGAUUUACAAAACCUACCUAAGUACGUCAUUAUAUCACACAGCGGUUCUGGUAUCAACGCAUUCACAGAACACCAAUGUGCAGAGGAAGUGCGUUCAUAUCAGACCUAUCAUAUUUAUAACAGAGGAUGGUCUGAUAUUGGAUACAAUUUUUUGAUUGGAGAGGAUGGGAAUGUAUACGAGGGUCGUGGAUGGGGCAAGGAAGGGGCUCACACGAAAGGACUCAACAAAUACAGCAUAGGAAUAUGCUUUAUUGGAAACUUUGACAGACGUCUUCCAAACCAGAGAGCACUUGAAGCUGCUAAAGAUCUGAUUCGAACAGGUGUGAAAGAAGGCAAAAUACCGACUAAUUUCAUUCUGAAGGGUCACAGAGAUUUUAGUAAUACUGCGAGUCCUGGGGAAUGUCUGUAUCACGAUUUGCAGAAAUGGCCUUUUAGUCAUGGAAAUUGAUAUUAGUAAUGUCGACCGAGGUUAUAUAAUGUUAUUUCAAGCUAUUAUUUUAUAAUGAAUACUUCAAAUGAUAAAUUGACAUCUAUUCGUACUUUAAUACAGGAUUUAACUUAUUACACGUGUACAUGAAGUACGUUGUAGUACUUACAGUACAAAACAAUGCCUGAAAAUGUCGAUGAUAUGAUUUGUACCACUUACGACCUUCUUUUCUGGUGGAAUUAAACCUCUUUGACAAUG